AGUCUUGCUGUCUUUCAAUGGGGCAGCCACUGCUCAGUUGCUGCCAUUCAGAAAUAUGAACCCAGUAUCACCAGAACUUUUGAUUUUUCAAGAGAAACCAAGAUUCCAGAUUUGUAGGUGAUAUCUUCCAUUUUUCAGAUAAAACAAAGGAACCAGAACCACAUCCACUGAUCGGAUUUACCUGGGGAGGAGGGGUGCUCUCUCCUUUGAUCUUCUCAUCUGGAAGAGAUGGACCAAAAGCCUCUCCAGCAAUAAUCUGUGUAUUUACAGGAGACAGCAAUGGAAACCUGGUCAGUUGAGCAGGUCUGCAGUUGGUUGGUGGAGAAAAAUUUAGGAGAGCUAGUUCAUAGAUUUCAAGAGGAAGAAGUAAGUGGGGCCGCUCUUCUUGCACUUAAUGAUCGGAUGGUUCAGCAACUGGUAAAGAAAAUUGGGCACCAGGCUGUUCUGAUGGAUUUAAUUAAAAAAUACAAGCAGAACACUCAAGGACUGAAGUCCCCAGAAAACCCCAAAGAGGCAGCCCUGGUCAUGCAAACAGAAGCAGCUCGAGAUUACAGGGAUGAAGAGUCCUCCAGUCCAGCCAGGCAUGGGGAGCAGAUGCCAUCUUUCUAUCCAGCUGAAAACCUUGAUAAUGGACUAAUUGACCAAAGAGUAUUGAAACAGAGAAGAAAUGUGAAACAUAUUCUAGCAAGAAGCAAAGCAUUACAAUGGACGAAGUCCUAUGUUUUACCAGAGUUUCCCUAUGAUGUCAAAUGCAUGUUAGCAGAGCAGAAGUGCCCGGAUCACAGCAUGAGGAUAAGGAUCAUUGAGUUUCUCCAGGCCGACAUGACUAAGUAUCUGGAAGGCUCACUGUACCCCAGCACCCAGCAGUACAAUGACGUAGUUAAUGCCCUGCUGCAGGCCCACCCUUUCCUGGAUGAGGACGGCUGUGGCUUCUUUUUAUGGAAACGAGCCCUCAAAGAUCGCUUUAAAUAUGUUCGAAGACCCAUAGAAGAUGAUGAGCAAGUGAUUAGAAAUAAGUGUAAAUUUGGACACCGAAGAGGCCAGACAAGGAAAUCUCUUGCUGAUAUAAGAUUUGAUGAAAUUAAACUUGUCCAGAUAAAAGAAGAAGCUGUUUGUUUUGAUUCUGAGCUAGAUGAACAUAUUAAGUGGUUCCAGCAAGAAUACAUGAAAACAGAAAAGGACUGGAGAGAAAUUGACAAGAGAAUGAGCCAAACUUUGGAAAUAAGAAGAAAGAUGAUUGGCAGCCGAACACCUCUGAAGGACAUUCUUAAACUGUUUCCUUUCUUGAAGUGCCCUUAUCAGAUGUUCAGAGAAUUCCAACUUCUUACAAGAACAGAUAUUUAUAAGAAAACAAGGCACAUUUUGGAAUCCUAUUCAGAAAAUAUACUGACUUCUUUUUCAGUGGUGGACAAUCCAAUCAAUAUUGUAUUGCAAGAAAAAAUGAAACAUUACACAGAUGAAGACAUGUUGAAAUACAUGAAGAUGACAGCCACAUGUUUACUCCUCCCAGAUGUUUUUGGGGAUGAUCCCAGCCUUUUUGUCAUCAUGAAUGAACAGGUGCAAGUGUCCACACCUGUGUUGGAAGUUAAAAACCCUUUCAACAUGGAGGUCUGCGAAUUUUCUUUAUAUUUAGAAAGGGAGAGGCUCACAAAGGUGGACGACUGUGUUACAGCCUUGGCUGCGCUAGUAGCUGCCUUUCAUGUGUUUAGGAUUGAGUGUCCAAGAAGACUGUCCCAAACCUUCAACUUCCUAGAAACGCUGAUUUUCGAUAUGCACAGUCCUUAUUUUCCUUCUUUGAAAGAAAAGGAAAACGAAGUAGGAUUUCAGCACCCAGUCACUUAAUAGCAUGCCAAAUAUUGUAUUGGAAUUUACCUCUGGGAAAACUGAAGCUUCAUAAGAAAUUGUUUUGAUUUAGGGUUGUGGUAGAGGUAGGUA